CCCUUCGCUCUCUAGGUUAGUUAGUUAUCGCCACAUUGAACUUGGAAACAAAACAUUCAACAACCCUUUAGCGAACACAACAGCACCAAGCAACUAUCCACCCCCCAAGCAAGAUGACUUCAUCCCUCUCCUCCUCAACAUGGCGACUACUAGGACUCUCAGUUGCGACCAGCUACAUCGGACUAGGAUCAAUCGGACUGCUUGCUCCAGGGUUCGCCGCCAAAGGAUUCGGUUUAUACCCUGACAAAGCCGUGUCUCCUGCAGCAUCUCAACCCACUGCUCUCAACAAAGCCGAAGACUUGCACGCCCACUCCGUCGAGACCGCCAUGUCAUUGUUGGCCGUGCGAGACAUUAGCAUUGGUGUCGCACUGUUUGCCUUUGAUUACCAGCGCCAACCUCGUGCAAUGGCUACUCUGAUCUUUAGUGGUGUUGUCCUUUGUGUUGGCGAUGUUGCUGUUAUUUGGAAGAACAGGGGGACUGCCUGGGGGACUGCCUUUGCUUUUGGUGCGGGUCUUUGGAUGGCUAUUGCUUCUGGGUUGUGGGAUCAAUGA